AUGGAGAAGAAGACAUUGUCAAUGUAUAAUGGGAUGGAAGAUUUCCUCCAAAGUCAUAACAACCUCAUACCCAUACGAUAUUCUUAUCGAGACAUUAGGAAGAUGACCAAAGAUUUCAAAGAGAAACUAGGUGAAGGAGGGUUUGGCACUGUGUAUAAAAGACAACUUUCUAGUGGUCCCUUUGUUGCAGUCAAAAUGUUGGGAAAAUCCAAGAUUAACAAUGAUCAAGAUUUCAUCAAUGAAGUUGCUACAAUAAGAAGAAUUUACCAUGUCAACAUUGUAAGAUUAAUUGGGUUUUGUGUUGAUGCUUGUGGUAUUGAGUAUCUUCAUCGAGGAUGUGGUAUGCGUAUUCUUCAUUUUGAUAUUAAGCCUCACAACAUUCUAUUGGACGAGAAUUGUAUUCCAAAAGUUUCUGAUUUCGGGCUAGCAAGAACAUGUUCGUUGGAUAAUAGCUUAGUAUCUUUAACUGUUGCAAAAGGAACCAUGGGAUACAUAGCUCCGGAAUUGUUCUAUAAAAAUAUUGGAAGAGUAUUGAACAAAUAA